GCGUCUAUUUUUAACAUUGUACACGUAUGUUCAUACAUACAAGUCAUUAAAUGCUGUUUUUUGUUUUAACGUGUCACGUUAGCGUAUAGUCAUUUAAAAAUAAUAUGUCCUACAAAAGGCAACAAAAUUUAAAACCACUAUCGAUAUAUAAUAAUUCGAGUUUAAAUUGUAAUAUUUAUAGUGUUCCUUCAAACAAGCCAGUGUAUCAAGAUGAUAUUUACAAUCAAAUUCCGUUAACUGUUUUAGAAUUAAAUCGAUCGAAAGAACCCACUCAACAUGAAAGAUUGGGUGAUAUGCCUUCGACGUCUAACAGGAAAGAUCCGCCCAUCUUAUACUACCCUCCAGAUCCAGGAACAACAAAAGAUUUGUCGAUAGGAAGUUUAGUUGAAAUAGCAAACGUUGUUGCUAAAGAGCCUCUUUAUGGGGUGAUCAGAUGGAUGGGAGUCGAUGUUAUAACUAAGCAAGUUCUAGUAGGAGUCGAGUUGGAAGAAGAGCAAACACAUUUACCUCUUAAUUUAACAGAUGGUACUCACAAUGGUAAAAGAUACUUUAAAUGUGCAGAAAAUAAGGGCAUGUUUGUAUGGCUAGAACAGUGCCAAAAAGACUCUAGAUUUUUAGAUGGUACUCCUACCCCUAGUUACAACUCUGACAAAGUUUUUGGGAAGGACUGUCCCAUAAUCGAAGGUGCAAUCGCUCCUCUUUGUAUGCCCACAGAAGAAGACGUGAACGCAGUUUGUGGUAAAUUUCGCGGAAUUCAAGGACAUCAUAAUUCUUGUUACUUAGACGCAACCCUUUUCGCUAUGUUUACAUUUACCGCAGUUUUCGAUAGCUUGUUAUUUCGUCCGACAAGUUCCAACGACAUACCCCGUUAUGAAGAAGUGCAACGAGUUUUAAGAGAAGAAAUAGUUAAUCCCCUUCGAUCAAACUUGUAUGUACGAGCAGAUCGAGUAAUGGACUUGCGGAAAUUACUAGAUCAACUGAGCUCCGUAUCAGGACUGACUACCGAAGAAAAAGACCCCGAGGAGUUUCUGAAUUGUCUUUUAGCGCAGAUUUUAAAGGCUGAGCCGUUUCUAAAAUUAAAUUCUGGGCAAGAGUCGUAUUAUUAUCAACUCUUCGUCGAAAAGGACGAUGGUCUAAGUUUGCCCACAGUGCAACAGUUAUUCGAACAAAGUUUUCUUUCAAGUGACAUCAAAUUGAAACAAGUUCCCUCAUGUUUAAUUAUACAGAUGCCGCGGUUUGGCAAAAAUUACAAGAUGUAUCCCAGAAUUUUGCCUUCUCAGCUCUUGGACGUUACAGAUAUAAUCGAUGAUUCUCCACGUCAGUGUACCGUUUGUGGUCAGUUGGCAAAUUGGGAAUGCAAGGAAUGCUUUGGUGACUGUGAAGAAGGGCUUGCAAGUACAGCUUUUUGUGAUCCUUGUUUAAAGAAGGUACAUGCACAUCAGAGACGUUCUGCUCACAGUCCUCGUCCCCUGACGGUCUCGCAAGAUUACAUAAUAAUGGCAGAGCAUUGCCCACCUCCUCGUCUCUUUAUGGAACUAUUUGCUGUUGUGUGCAUUGAAACGUCUCAUUACGUGUCUUUUGUAAAAUGCGGCUCUGGUCAUGAGGCCCCUUGGUGUUUUUUUGACUCCAUGGCAGAUAGAAAAGGAGAACAGAAUGGAUAUAACAUUCCUGAAAUGGUUGCUUGUCCUGACGUAUCAAAGUGGUUGUCAGACGAACAGUUAUGUAGAGUUUUACAUGAAAAUGCCCCAUCUGAUAGGUAUCUUCCUGAACACGCUCGUAGAUUACUAUGUGACGCUUACAUAUGUAUGUAUCAAAGUCCGGAUGUAAUGAUGUAUCAGUAAACAUAGCAUAAAACGUAGAGAAAUUUGUUGGCAAAUUUUAUUAUUUUUUUUGAUUAUCACAAUUCACAUUUUAUUAAAUUAAUAUAUAAGUACUUAUGAAUUAUGUUGUUAUUGAGUUCUUGAUCAGUAUUAGAAUUUUUUUUUUCUUAACAAAUUAUAUUUUAAAAUAAUGGCAAAUGGGUUAUUUUGCAAUGGAAUUCGUAUAUUUAAACAGUAAGAAUAAAUUAUAUGUGUUUAACAUUGUUAAAUGUUAUUUAAAUAAUUUUGAAGAACUUGAAUUAAUGUUUUAAAUGUACUCAAAUUGUAUUUUAUAGUGGAUAUGUAUGUAGUCCCAU